GGAGAAUUCGAUCUUAGGCUAAGGUAGUUUUGCGCCCUGACAUCGGACGGACUGGUGGUGUCCACGCCGGUCGAAACGGAAUCCGAAGCUUCCCAGUCCAGACGAACACGCCGGCUGCAGCACGCGACAUGUCGAAGCUCUCGCCGUCGCUCAAGGCGCUCAUCAACGCGCCGUUUGCGCGCCCCGGCCAAACGCCGGCGCCGCGGCGCAUCAACGACGUCUUCACGCGCAUCGCGCAUGAGGCCCGCGAGCGCCAGUACGGCGAGCGCCCGUGGCUGACGCUGGCUGCAGCAGCAACCUUCACGCUCAACUCACCCGCCUCGCUGCUCGCGCUGCACUCCCUGACCCCCUCGGUCCUGCCAGCCACCACGACGCUGACCCCGCUCGCGUCCGCCGAGCUCAUCCGCGCGAUCGGCCUCAAAUGCAUCUCCUUCAACGGCAUCCCGCGCACCAUCAACUGCCUGGGCGCCUUCAAGGCCGGGCUCGCGCACCACCCCUGGGCGCGCCACCUGGCCACGGCGCCCACCCGGCAGCUGACGCCGGCCAACCUGCCCGCCGUGGCCGCGCGCGGCCGCGCCCUGUGGCACAGCGUCUACACGCCCUUCGACGACAAGCUCGAGGCCAAGCUCGCCGACAGCCACCCGGACCUGCCGGUCCACAUUCUGGAAUGCCACUACGGCCCGCUGCUGUCUGAUCCGCCGCCUCCCGCUGCGGAGGAAGGAGAGGCAGCAGAAACGAGCGAUGGGCAACAGGCAGAGGCAGCGGACGGAGAAGGGGGGCCGGCGGGCCUGGCUAGGCUCGGCAGGAACCUGACCAGCGUGGUGGCGAUCGCGUGCUUGCGCGCGCAGACGGGCGUCGGGCCGCAGGUGCUGUCGCACGUCUUUGGGCUGCGGAAGGGGGUCGAGCAGGGCUUGCAUCGGGCCGAGUUUGCGGGGCUGCCGGGGGAGGCGGAGGCGGUGGAGAGGCUGGCGAGCGAUGAGGGGAGCGAGUGGUUGUUGAGGAGCGUGGACGCGAUUGCGGAGGCCAUCGGGGGGAGCUUUGCGCGGUGGGAGGGGGAGGCGGAGGCGGAGGAGGGAAGGGGGAGGGAGUCGAAGUUGUGAGGUUUGGUUCGGGGGUUGGAUAGGUAGUCAAGCGUUUUGGAUCUACAGGGCAGAUAUGAGAGGCGGUAAGUAAAUACGGUCAAUAAUUGCUGCC